CUUUGGGUCCAGAGACAGUGAUCAGGGAAGUUAUCAAAGCAGAAAACUGCAUAACAAAGAGGUUUGUGUUUGAUGCGUCAAAGAUCGCUGCUCUCCAAUCUGAAUCAACCAGUUCAGUCGUGCCCAAACCUACACGUGUAGAAGCGGUUUCAGCACUCAUUUGGAAAUGUGCAAUGGAAGCGUCAUCAAGAUCAAAGUUGGGGACUCAAAGACAAUGUGUGUUCUGUCAAGAUGUGAACUUGCGCAAAAGGGUUGUGCCACCCUUGCCAGAAAACUUGGUUGGGAAUGUUGUGGGCUCUUUUACAUCGAAGGCUGAAGAGGGUACCAUAGAUCUAAAAGACUUGGUUGCUAAAUUGAGGGAAGGAAUCGACGAACUGAAAGAAAAGUAUGCUAAAAAACUUGUCUUUGAUUCUAAUGAGGCAUGGCAAGGGAUCAAAGAUAAGCACAGUAAGCUGAAAAAUGAUGAUGAAAUGGAGAUUUAUAGCUGCACAAGUUGGUGUAGGUUUCCUUUCUAUGAAGCCGAUUUCGGAUGGGGAAAGCCAUUAUGGGUGAGUGUAAUUAGCAUUGCAAUUAAGAAUAUAAUUGUUUUGAUGGAUAAAGGAGAUUGCAAUGGAAUUGAAGCUUGGUUGACUAUGAGCCAAGAAAGCAUGGCCUUAUUUGAAAGUAAUGUGGAACUGCUCGGAUAUGCUUCUGUAAAUCCAAGUGUGAUCACCACUUAAUUGUGUCCUUAAAUAAAUUGAAAAAAAAAAAAGGGAAGGAACAAAAUUGAUAGCUCAUCUACUGUCUUCAAGCAUAUGAUCUUGUCUAUGUACUGUGAAAGUAAUUGGCCAAAUACAUCCGGUCCCCAUUUGAAUCAUGUUCUAUAUACUCAAUUAUUGGUACGA